UUCAGUUUGGCGUUUACUAACUUUUUAAAUGUGAUUUAAUAAAACUUUAAAUGACCACUUUAAAGGAUAUAAAGGAUAUAUCGCUACAAAUCCAAAGAUGUUUUCUAUUGUUAGUACAUCUUCAUGUAUGGAUUCUGGUUAAAUUUAAUUCGUAGAUUAUCGCUUUAACAUAAACUUGAUUGAAUCCUUUUCAAACAUUAUAACAGAAUAUAUAUUUUUGUAUAUACGAGUAUAAGAUAUUACUUUCUUGUAAACAAGCUUUGACCAACAUAUAAGAUAGAGCAAUAACUUUAUAUGUUUCCAAUGCAUUAAGAGGACAUAACCAUAGCUCAUAUGGAGAUGGACUGGUGUAAAAGACAAAUAUUACUGUUGACACAGUUGUAAAAACGGAGCAAUUUGCAAUUUGUCUCGGUAAACAAGUUUUCCUAAAUCAUAAACAGAUGGACAAAAACGACAACACAAUAACGAAUAACAGCUGUUAAUAUUAAAACACGAGCAGGAACAGGUAACAGCGUUGCAUGCAAUUAAUUUUAGAUUUCGAAGAUCUCUUAUUUAUUGAUAUUCUUGAUUUGUUGGUAGUUUGAUAAAAUAUGCUGUUUCUAUUAUUCUUUUUCAUAUUGUAAAAUAUUAAAAUAAUUUUAAAAUGUAUUUAGGUUAUCUCUUAAUAUACAUUUGCAAAUCUCGUUCUUACGUUACGUAGGAUUUUAUUCUGUUUCAUUUCUAUCGACGUCCACAUUUGAUUGUUUAGUGAAUUAUCGAUUGCAUCGAAUUUGACUGAAAUGACAUUUCUUUGUUUUUUGUUUGUUUAAAGAAGGCUUAUGCGCGGUUAGACGCAGAAAUUGUAACAUAAUCCCGUUAAAUGUAUUUUGUAUGUGAGUUUGUUAUAAAAUAGCAGUUAUCAAAAUGUCUUCGAAUAAAGCUGAUUUGUCAGCAGAUAUUAGGACCCCAGACCGGGCUGAAUAUCCACGCUCAUUUUCACCAAGUACUCCAGCACUUCUAGCAGAAACUCGGCAGAUGAAUCGAUUCUUAGAUGAGGUUCACCAAGUAAAUGUUCAACCACUAGCAACUGAUAGGUCAACUGGUCGUUUCAGACACAAUGUCCCGUUAAAUAUCGACCGUAAUUCACAAAGAUCUUUACCUUUCGUUCAACUCGAUGAAGUAUUUAGUGUUUCAGAUGCAUCUGUAUCCAGUGAGGAAGAUGAUGACAUUGUAUUUGGCCCAAAUGUCAUUGAUCUGUGCUCACCAAAUCGUAAGUCUCCAGAGUCUACAUCAGAUAUAACUCUUGCUGAAAAAAGUGCGAUUAAACAUAGUCAACCAAUGUGUCCCAUAUGCAUCGCACCGAUGACAGUUCCUACGAGUACAGAGUGUGGACAUGUUUUUUGCAAAGCUUGUAUAAAUAGAGCAGUCGAUACUUUCAAAAAAUGUCCCCUUUGCAAUGCAAAAAUUUUAAAAAGACACUUGCGUCGAAUAUUUUUGUGAAUAUUUAUAAAUAGUAUAAGCUCUUUUUACUGGUGUUAAAGAGCACGCAGGUUUCCUCUUUUUAAAUAUUUCUGUUUUUUCUUUUUUUUUUGUUGGAAUUAAACUUCAGUCAACAUCAGCUUGGUUUGACUAUUUCAGUCAAACCAAGCUGAUAAUAAUUAAAUAUUUUGAAAUUGUUCACUAACCAAUUUUAUGUUCAACUAGUUAUAUAAGCAAUCUAUUUCUUUAUUUAUU